AUCCGUGUAAAGUGGCGAGAUAACCUUUCGUUUUACAAGGACUUGUUUAUAGUGUAUGUUGAGUAAAAGACACAUGUAUAUGGACACAUUAUUUCCUUUAUCAGUAAAUAAAAGCACUACAUGACUAUGGAUUUUACGCCUAGCAGUUCAAGCGAUCUCUGCUUCGUAAACGUUCAUGGACGUUUUGAUUCUUUUAAUGGAUUUUCUGCCCCUUUACCAAUUUUUCCUUCGACGGAUAAUUCGCUGACCUUCAGAAAACUUAUCAUCAAGUUGCAAAAAGAAAUAUGUGACGAAGAUUUUCAGAAGGUUAAGUUUCUAUUUGGAGGAGAAAUAAAGAAAGGGCGAAUGGAAAAGAUUUUGAAUCUAAUGGACCUUGUCACUGUCCUGAAAGAAAGAUGUUUACUUGACGAGGAUUCUAUAACUAAUCUUGUAGAUACAUUUGAGAUCAUAGAAAGGGACGAUCUGGUGCAAUUAGUAAGAGAUUAUGAAGCUGGCUGCAGCAGUUUGACGUCAACAAUAAUAGAUUGUGUUGAGCAAAACGAAUCAACUCCAGCCGAGUGUACCCGAUAGUCGACACACAGCAACAUGUUUUAAUAACCAACGAACAGGGAAAAGCCGAAGAUACCUCAGAGCAAGAUUUUCUGCAAGAAGAAAACAACACAUUUCCGUCCACGACAUUGAAUUCAGAUGAUGACACACCUGCCAUACUGACCAUGGAUCAAGCGACACAAACGGACGUGGCAUUUGAGUGUGACAACCUUUCACCUGAUCUUCAGGAUGAGGAUCUUUUACAAUUGUUGUGCAAUGAAUCACUGCUGCUUUCUGACGGAUUUGAAUUAUUCGAUCUUAGAAACAAGCUUUCUAAGCUACAUAUGCUCCGUAAUGAACAGGGACUAAAGUUUCUGCGGUCUAAACUAUUGCGUGUGUACCCGCAAUUGUUGUAUUCAGAUAUAUUUAACUGUUAAAAGGUUAAGCUGUACGUAAAAAGAUAUACAUCUUGUAUAAUUCGCACGUUAAAAGUCGGGAUCCCACUACUAUAUCAGUUGUCUAAAUAUAGAAUGAAAAGUUUAUGUAUAUUACGUGUACAACUGAACACGCGCGUUAUACAUGAUGUAUUUGUGCCUUGCCACGUUUUAGUAUGACUUCAGCUUUUUUAUAGAGGCAUUUAUAAUUCAUAAUUUAUGCAGAUAAUGAACUGUUUUUAAAUACUGUUUGUGCUUAAAGCUCCACAACCUAAAACAUAAUAUUUAAUUAAUUACAUAGCUCAAGUGGUUUACAUAAAAUGUAAAAGGAAGAACUGGAUGAGGGAAUGAUCUGAAAUUUGCACACAUGUUACUGUUUUAGACAUACAUCAGUUAAUGAUCAACAUUUUUUUUGUCCAAACACAUUGUAGUAUUUUUCAAAUUUCUGCAAAGUCUAACUUUGGUUAAUGUGUACUAACUAAAUAAAAUUUACUUAAUCUGUCGUCUAACCAGUCUAACAAAUUUCAAUAAUGCAUUAUAUUAGGGAGGAGUUAGAGGUGUGGUUUGCACUCUGAAUUGUUAAAUAUAAAGGUUAGCAAAACAAUGAUAACGUAAACAAUUAGGUUUU